GGAGGCGGGCACACGCGCGUGGCCGGUGCCCGAGGCCCGGGCUGCUGCCAUGGCUCAAAAGCCGAAAAGGACUUUUCGGCAGCGCCGGGCGGAUUCCAGCGACAGUGACGGCGGCAGGGAGUCGCCUACAGAGCCCGGGGCGCCGCGGGAGCAGGCGGCCCCGGGUCCUGCGGAGAAAAGGCCGCCUGCAGAGGCGGCGAGACGGCCGUUCAGGGGCCGGAGCCGGGUCUGGGCGAGUUCCCGGCGCGCCGCGAGAGCGGCCCCCUGUGCAGGCAGCGACCCGGGCGACCAAGGCGACUCCGAGAGCGAUUCAGAAAAUGCCUUGUUAGAAUCCAGAACAGUUGAUCUCUCAGCCGAUGAAGAGGAUGGGACACAUCACUCCUCAGAAAGUGAGGAUGAUCAGAGCUCAUCUUCCGACAACUCUAGCUCUCCAGAAGAAAAAGAGUUUUCAUCAGCAGUUAGGAUCCCUGAUGCAGCUUUCAUUCAGGCAGCCCGCAGAAAACGUGAACUGGCCAGGGCCCAAGAUGACUACAUUUCUUUGGAUGUAAAACAGACCUCCACCAUCUCUGGUAUAAAGAAAAGCAGUGAUGAAGAUCUUGAGAGUGAACCUGAGGACCAUGAAGAAAGAAUACUGUUCACCCCAAAGCCUCGAACACUUAGAGAAAGAAUGGCUGAAGAAACAAUAACUAGAAAUGAAGAAACAAGUGAAGAAAGUCAGGAAGGUGAAAAUCAGGAUAUUUGGGAACAGCAGCAAAUGAGGAAAGCAGUGAAAAUCUUAGAGGGAAGAGACGUAGACCUUUCUCACAGCAGUGAAUCUCAAAAAGUGAAGAAGUUUGAUACUUCCAUUUCAUUUCCACCAGUAAAUUUAGAAGUUAUAAAGAGGCAAUUAAAUACUAGAUUAACGUUAUUACAGGAUACUCACCGUUCACACCUGAGGGAAUAUGAAAAAUACAUACAAGAUGUCAAGAACUCAAAGAGUACAAUCCAGAAUCUAGAGAAUUCAUCAAAUCAAGCUCUAAAUUAUAAAUUCUAUAAAAGCAUGAAAAUAUAUGUGGAAAAUUUAAUUGACUGUCUUAAUGAAAAGAUUAUCAGCAUUCAAGAAAUAGAAUCAUCCAUGCAUGCACUCCGUUUAAAACAAGCCAUGACCUUUGUGAAACGCAGGCAAGAUGAAUUAAAACAUGAAUCAACGUAUUUACAACAGUUAUCACGCAAAGCUGAGACAUCGACAAAUGAAAGCUUGGCUAUAGAUGAAAAAACACAACGGAUUUUAGAAGAGAUGGAAUCUCGAAGGGCACGAAGAAGACAAGCAAGGGUGCUUUCUGGGGAUUGUAAUCAUGAGGAAGGAACAUCAAGUGAUGAUGAACUGCCCUUAGCAGAAAUGACUGACUUCCAAAAAAGCCAAGGGGACAUUUUACAGGAUCGUAAGAAGAUUUUUGAAGAUGUGCAUGAUGAUUUUUGUAACACUCAGAAUAUUUUGUUGAAAUUUCAGCAAUGGCGAGAAAAGUUUCCUGAUUCUUAUUAUGAAGCUUUCAUUAGUCUAUGUAUACCAAAGCUUUUAAAUCCCCUAAUACGAAUUCAGUUGAUUGAUUGGAAUCCUCUUAAGCAGGAUUCCAUAGGUCUGAAACAAAUGCCAUGGUUCACAUCUAUAGAAGAAUUUGUGGAUAGCAGUGUGGAAGAUUCAGAGAAGGAAGAUAGUUCUGAUAAAAAAAUCUUGGCUGCUGUCAUCAACAAAACAGUUAUUCCUCAACUGACAGACUUUGUGGAAUUCAUUUGGGAUCCCUUGUCGACCUCACAGACAACAAGUUUAAUAACACACUGCAGAAUGAUUCUUGAAGAGCAUUCAACUUGUGAAAAUGAAGGCUUACUUAAAUCCAUUGUUUCAAGAAUAAAGAAGGCAAUAGAAGAUGACGUUUUUAUUCCUCUGUAUCCAAAGAGUGCUGUAGAAAACAAAACAUCACCACAUUCAAAGUUCCAAGAAAGACAGUUCUGGUCAGGUCUAAAGCUCUUCCGCAACAUUCUUCUUUGGAGUGGACUCCUCCGAGAUGAGGCCUUGAAAGAGCUUGGAUUGGGGAAGCUGCUAAAUCGCUACCUUCUUAUAGCUCUCCUUAAUGCCACACCUGGGCCAGAUGUUGUUAAAAAGUGCAACGAGGUAGCAUCAUGUUUCCCAGAAAAAUGGUUUGAAAAUCCUUCCAUGAGGACAUCUAUUCCCCAGCUAGAAAACUUCAUCCAGUUUUUAGUGCAUUCUGCACUUAAAUUAUCUAAAAGUGAACUCAGGGAUGAAGUGAAAGAAAUAAUUCUUAUUCUGGUGAAAAUAAAAGCUUUGAAUCAAGCAGAAUCCUUCAUAGAAGAAUACCACCUAGACCAUCUUAGAUCACUAAUUAAAGAAGUUUGAGUAAAUUAUUAUGGAAGAAUACUAAAAGCGAAAUUUUAAUAUAGUCAAACUCAGUUUCUGGCUUGAAAGGCAGUUUAUCCCUCUUUUUUGUUUCCAGUUAUAGAGUGGAGGAUUGGCUUAAAAAAAAAAGGCAAGUCUCCAUUCAUUCCUCCAUUCCCUACUUUCUCAUUCUGCCUGCUGGUAUCGUGAGAGUCUGAGGCUGAGGUGUUUGAAAGAAUUAAACACAUACAAGCAACAUGUUUCUCUUUGAUUCUUUUCCAGUUGAAAAGAGGAAUUGAAGAAACCUUGCUUGUAGCUGUUUUGGUUUAGAUGAGCAUGCAAAUAAUAAAUCUAGCACCCUGACCUGUAGAAACUUAGACUUCUAGUUCUUACCAUUUUAACCUCUAUUUACAAAAAAGAAGUUGAAAUGGCAUCUUAAUUGGAAUGAAUUAGCUGCUAAGCAUAUUGAUUAAGGCAUUUUAAGGCUUUUGAUAAUUAAUGAUUGUCAAAUUGCCCCUCAGAAAUCUGUACCAAUUUAUUUUCCCAACCCAUGUGUAAGAGCAGUUCUACUCUGUCCUAUAGGGUCUCUAUGAGUCAGAAUUGACUCUACGGCACUGGGUUUUUUCUGGGUUUAUGUGUGAGAGAGUGCCAGUAAGCUUCCACCAGCAAUGCUUUUUUUUUUUUUUUUAAUUUAUUGCAGAUUUUAUUGGUGCAAAAAUAUUUUGUCAUUAGUUAUAGGCUUAGAAACGAAACAGGUAUAUUUAGAUACUUAGAGUGUGGGGUUCAUUCUCUGAUAAAAUGUUCAUAUAGUUGAGGCAAAGAAAUUAAAACUUUUCCGGAUAAGAGAAUACUAGUAAUUUUUUUAAAAAAAUGUUUGUUAAAUAAUUCAAGGGUAACUCUUAAAUAUGUAUUCUGUAAAUUUUUGCCUCCCCCCUCAAAGAUAAUGAAUUAGGUUGCAGGAUUUGAGCAUGUGGCCUCUGACAUUGUUACCUUUAAUUCUGAGGCCACAUAUAAUGUGUUUUAACAGUUUGCUGUGUUAUGUAAUGAAGACCCCUGAUUCACUAGUGUGAAGGGUUUUUUUUUUUAAUGUAUUUUAAUUACAUAAAUUAUACAGGAAUACAAUCUCCUCUAGAAAACUGAAAGCAUUGCAGAAAAGCAUUUAGCCUUCCCUCACAGCUGUUGUUCUCAGGUACCGACUGUUUUCUUUCUAGUGUUAUAUUUUCAUACUUUUUCCAUUUCCAAAAAUAUGUGUAUGUGUGUGUGUACAUACAGCUUUAUGUUUUGCACAUAAAUGGAAACAAAUACUUCAUUGCAUAUGGAAUUUGUAUUUUUUUACCAUUAAAGUGCACAUUUGGAAAUUUCUCUCUGACUCUUGAAUUUUUAGUUAAAGAUAACGUCAGAUGCAUUCCCUUACAUUUUUAAGUAGAGCUGAGAGACUUCUCUUGCUUUUCUUAGACCGAAAAAUACCAUAACUGCUUUCAAAACUACAGGGCAAUUUAAACUACUCUAAUAGUUUUUCAUUACAUUUCAUUAUACUUGGAGUUUGAACUUCACGGUUUUUACGUCAUAUACUAUAGUCGAGGAUGUUUAAAAACAUUUGGAAACUUGCCUAAUCCUUAGUGCAGAUUUUUUUGUUGUUCUUACUAUGAAAGAAGGAAACCCUGGUGGCAUAGUGGUUAAGAGCUAUGGCUGCUAACCAAAAGGUCAGCAGUUUGAAUCUGCCAGGCGCUCCUUGGAAACUGUAUGGGGCAGUUCUACUCUGUCCUAUAGGGUCGCUAUAAGUCGGAAUCGACUCGACGGCAACGGGUUUUGUUUUGUUUUGUUUUUUAAUGAAGUGAAUGGAAUAAAGAAAAGGAACACAACUAGCAAGAAUAAAACUUUGAAUUGGCAGCCCAUCUCACAUCCUAGCUUUUUCCCUAGUUUCAGAUUUUUGUUCACAUAAAUAAUGAGAAAUUUUUCCAGAAUCAAACAUGAUCGUUUUUGUAGGUUUUUUUUGAUUUGUUUGUUUCUUGCUAUUUUUUCCAUAAUGGCUAUUAAAAAAAAAAAGUUGCCGUCGAGUGGAUUCCAACUCAUAGCGACGCUAAAGCACCUCACGGUGGAGUGUGUAUGCAUUUUUUAAGCCCUUAACAAAAUACUUACCUGUAUGAAAAAAAAAAAAAAAAAGAGAAA